UUCGUUUUUCUUUGCUCUUUCUUUCACCGGGGUCACCCCAAAAAUCCCCAAAUCUCCAUUCGAUAUUCCGAUCCCGAUGACGAAGGAGUUCGCCGUACCACCGGUGGUGUUUCCCUCCGGCGGAAACCCCAGCGCCGGAUCCAACAACAUCCAGCAACGCCGCGUCGCGACGGCGCCGUUUCAACCGCCUCGAUCCUCCACCUCAAGCAUCCCCUUCAUGUCCUUCGACAUUGGCUCCGCCGCCGCCGCCUCCUCCUCCUCCGGCCCCCUAUUCGGCGGCCCCAUCGGCUCCGGCGGUUCGGUUCCCGGUGGCACAAGCUUCGAGGACGAGGAGCCACUCCUCGACGAGCUCGGCAUCCAUCCAGAUCAAAUAUGGAGAAAGACCAAGUCGAUCCUCAAUCCCUUCCGGGCCAACCCGGCCGUCCACAAGGACUCGGACCUUUCCGGCCCGAUCCUCCUCUACAUGUCCCUCUGCCUCUUUCAAUUGCUCGCCGGGAAGAUCCAAUUCGGCGUGAUUCUCGGCUGGAUCGUCGUCUCCUCCAUCUUCCUCUACGUCGUCUUCAACAUGUUGGCCGGCCGGAAUGGGAACCUCGACCUGCACAGGUGUACGAGCGUCGUCGGCUACUGUUUGUUACCGGUGGUGAUUUUAUCAGCUGCCUCGCUGUUCGUGCCGCAAGGCGGGACUUUCAGGUUCGCGGUGGCCGGGGUCUUUGUUUUGUGGGCCACUAGGGUUUGUACGGCCCUUAUGGUUUCUCUUGCUGAUGGAGGUGACGAGCAUCGUGGGCUGAUAGCGUAUGCGUGCUUCUUGAUUUACGCUCUGUUUUCGCUUCUCGUUAUAUUUUAGUACUGAAUUUUGGUGCUUUGUUCAUAGUGAACGUGUUGUAGCUACGAAAGUUUAGAUGAAUAUGAUGCUGGAUUUGUUUUUGUUGCAAAUGUAGGUAAUGGUGAUGCUACCAUUUGGCCCAUGAACACAUUCAUCAUGUUUAGAGUAAAUUUGUUUUCCCUUCAUCCUUGUUGGAAAUGAUGGAAUUGGAUUUGAAGGUCGCAUAUGCUUUUCGAUUA